AUGUCUACCUGGAUCCAGGACGAUGAUCACAACGAUCGUAAACGACGGUCUGUUCAUUAUAAUUAUUCACCAGUGAUCGAUGGAAUCAAUACUGAUGAAGGUGAGAAAUUAUAUUAUAAACGAAGUCGAACAGUAAUUAAUAUAAUUAUAGAUUCUCACAAAAAAACGCGUGGAAUUAUUUUGUUGUUUGAUCAUGCUGGAAGCUUCAAAGCAUUAUCACGAGCGGCAUUUCAUCCAAGCCCGAGACCAAAACAAUUAAGAUAA